UGGGCCAGGAGGAUACUCAGGAGAGCAGGUUGUGUUUCAGGACUUCCCAGCCCUCCCUCCAUCCUCAAUAUAUGGGAUGCUUGUGUCUGGAGACGGAGGAGAACACCCACGGCUUUGUCCCUGCUAUUUUUAACCCCCUGCUGGCCUGGGGCAGGUGUGCUCAGCGGACGGGCAUGUACAGUCUGUGGGCAGCCUGCCUCCAGCUUCUUAUCCUUCUCUCGGGGAGGUGUUGGAUUUCUCCCCCCAGGGCACCCGGACCCUCCCCGCCUCCUCCUCCUCCAGCCUGAGGAUGGACGCAGCCAGGAGUGGCUUGGCUAAAUUUGGCUAAAAUGCCCCACCGGCCAAUGAGCAGGCAGGAAGGGAGGCGAUUGGCUCUCCGGAGACCCGCCUCCCGGCAGCGUCCAAUGGCGAGGGCCUGGGCAGGGCCCCGCCCAGCGGGCAGAGUACAAAUGGCCCUGCCAGAAGCUGCAGAGAAGCUUUCUUCCGUCGUCCGCUGGGGAGUGGAGUGGAGCGGACGCGCCGGGUCUCUUUCUCUCUGUGGGUUGCUGUGGGGUCUUUCCUGCCAACAUGGUAAGCAUGGUAAGACAUGGGCACGUGUGCCCAUUUUUGACGGCGGCGCCCAGGACGGUGGGAGACACAUCUCCUCCCGGGAUGCCGGACCGGGCCGCGGAUCGUGCGCAGGUGGUGAGAUGGACUGGUUGUUCGCGCGUCCGAUGGGACAGGCCGGCGCCGGGGCCCAGGACCAGCACAGACCGUGGCGGGAGACGUGGCCAGGACACAAGCACGGCUCCCGGCGGAGCUGCCCUGUGUGGGGCCGAAGGGCAGGAGUGGCCCUUUGGCUGAGGCUGCAGGGGAGACUGGAGGGGGGGCUGGGAGGGGCAAGGAAAAAGGCCGGGGGUGGGGAUGGGGUCUUCUUUAUUACUGCCCCUGUGGAGAGGGAGGGCGAAGAGGUCAACCGUGGCUCGGGGUGUUGGGGGGCGGUUUUUGCUGGAAGAGAGAUGGGGGCAAAUGGGGAAUCUGCUUGGAUCUGGGCGGGUGGUGGGCUGCCCUGGGGGGCACUGCACCCCUCGCAAAGCCUGGCCAAGGACACGAAGUAUGGAGCCGGAUGGCCGUGGAGAAAGCCAAGCCGCCGGUCAUGAGAACCGGCCGAGAAUCCUGCCUGCCCGCCGGCCGCUGAGCUGCAAGACCCGGCUCGAAGGAGUAACCCAAUCCGCCAGCCGACAGGUGCUGGCUGCCUGCUGAGCACCCUAGAAGGAGGCAGCCGGCGGGCGCUGCUAAGAAUAGCAUCUGGCGGUCAAGGAGCACCAUCCUCUCCUCUGGCCAGCCGCUGCGGGCACCGGGAGGCCCCUCUCUCAGGACCCAGGAAUCCUGGCAAAGUCCAAAGGAGCCUGGGGCUGCUGCGCAAGUUGGGGGCAAAGCUGGCUGCCUCUGCCAGGGGGCCCUGGGACCUUGGCACUGCAAAGGGCCUUCCAUGGGGACCCACGCAGGGGCUGCUCAGGGAGCAACUGCCUUUGUGGAUCUGGGCCGCCCAGCCUCUCGAGAGCAAGGGAUGCUCUUACGGAAUCGGAAGGGACCCCGCCGGGUCAUCUACUCCAACCCCACUGCAAUGCAGGAGCCACAACGGGAAUCCCAGCGCUCCUUCUGUCUCCUGUUGCAAGCUCCUGGCACUAGCAACCCCAGCCGCGGAGGGUUGGGUGCCAUGAAUCCCCUUCGGCUGUGCCACCUGCAGGAUGCCAGGCAGAGCAAGCCAAGGCCAAAGUUGGGUUGGCGCUCCAGUGGCUGGCAGUCACCUUUCUGGUGAUGCCAAGAGAAGGGGCUUUUUGUGGGCUGGGGAAAGAAAGUAUCGGGAGAGAAGCAAACACCUGAGGAGGAGUUGGCAGCAGCGGCAAUGGCAGAGUGGACCGCAGGUAGCAGGAGUGGGCAGGGUAUCCCUGGGCAUGGCCCCGGCUGGGCCGGACUCUGCUCCCUUGGUGACUUCCUCCCCUUGCCUUGCAGACAGACCAGCAGGCGGAAGCCCGGUCCUUCCUCACUGAGGAAAUGAUCGCGGGUGAGUUGAGGGGCAUCCCGGGUGGCGUGGGCACAGCGGGCACCCUGACUCGGCCGAGGGGCAAAGUGGCUGCGCUGGAUGUGGGCCAACUAGGGAGGAAGGCGGGGUAACCACAAAACGUCAUAAACUAGUACUUUAUUUGCUGGCACCCUGAGAGACAGUGUGGUAUAGUGGUUAGUGUGUUGGACGAGGACCUGGAAGAGACCUGGUACAACUCCCUACGCAGCCAUGAAGCUCCCUGGGUGUGCCUCGGGUCACUGCCUCCCGGCUUGACCUACCUCACAGGGUUGUUGUGGAGAUAAAAGUGGGAGGCGAAGCCAUUUAUACCCUCUUGAGCUCUUUGGAGAAAGAAAGGAAAAGGUUGGAUAUAAACGUAAGACUAGUAAGAAUUAAUAUCCAUGCCCAGCCAUUCCACAAGUGGCUUUGGAGGCUCAGAGGAUUAACAGAUCCCAUGAUGGGUGGUGGGGGGAGGCACCCCCUCUUCAAGCACCCAAAAUAUUGCCAAGCCCCUCCAAAAUGGACCCCUAAAUUGCAACCAAGCAACCAUCUUCCUCUCAUUUGAAUGGCUCCUGAACCUCCAGCUGCACACACAGAAGGGGAACGCCUGGAAUGGGGAGGUCCAGGGCGGAGCGGUUGCUGCUGCCGCUAAGUGUGGGCCUGCUGCCCCCUGCAGUUCUGACCUUGUGCUUAGCAGUUUGCCCCACCCUAGACAUCCCCUGGCCAAGGACUCCCUGCCACCUCUGCCUGUGGGUUGUGUGAGGUUUGAAGCAUUACCACUUGGGGAGGGGUUGCCCUUCUCCGUUCCAUUCUCUGCCUGAGCAGAGCAGGGAUUGUGUGCAUGCAUGGGGGGGGGGUGUUGUUUUGGGGUCCCCCCACCAAAGGAGCUGAUCCCACCUGCAGAAGCUCCAUGAGAUUUUCCAUAGAAUGACACCUUCAGGCUAAAAGGCAGAGGGGUCCUGCAUUGUGGGCAGAUGGUUUUUCUAUUAUUCUUUUCAGCCCGUUGGCAAUCCCAUUCCCUCCUCUCCUCCUUUGGCCCUUUAGAAAGAAUGAAAAUGUUAGAAUUCGUAGUCAGAAGGGACCCCUAGUGGUCAUCCAGCCCAACCCCUGCCACUCAGGGCUUGCGGGAUCUGGGAAACCUCCAAGCUGACUUGGAUGUUGGCCCAAACUUUGCUCUGGUUCCUGCCAGGCUCACCCCCUAACCCCCCCGCUCUCUCUCCCCCCUGCAGAGUUCAAGGCCGCCUUUGACAUGUUUGACGCGGACGGGGGCGGCGACAUCAGCACCAAGGAGUUGGGCACCGUCAUGAGGAUGCUGGGGCAGACGCCCACCAAAGAGGAGCUGGACGCCAUCAUAGAGGAGGUGGAUGAGGAUGGUGAGGAGGGGGCUGCAUCUGAGGGGGGGGUGAAGGGAGGCUGAGGGGGGGCCGGAGGGGGCAACCCUCACCCUUCUCCCGGGGACCCUCCCUGCAGGCAGCGGAACCAUCGACUUCGAGGAGUUCUUGGUCAUGAUGGUGCGCCAGAUGAAAGAGGAUGCCAAGGGGAAAAGCGAGGAGGAGCUGGCAGAGUGCUUCCGCAUCUUUGACAGGUGAGGCCGAGAUGGGGGGGCAGCAGAAGCCCCUCCUGCCUGGAGAAGGGCUUUUUUAAAGGCUGAACAGCUGGGGCAAUGUUCAGAUCACACACAGAGAUACUUAUGCUCUGCCAAGACCCCCAUUCAAAGCUCCUUAUGGCAGCUGCACUGGCACUGAGUCAUAGAACUACAGAACUGGAAGGGGUCCCCCAAAGGUCCUCUAGUCCAACCCCCUGCAGCGCAGGAAUCACAGCUAAGGCAUCCUUGGCAGGUGACCACCCGACCUCUGCGCAAAAGCCUCCAGCGAAGGAGAGUCCGCUCCACCGUCAAAUGACCCUUAUUGUCAAAACAAAUGUGGUGUGGUAUAGUGGUUAGAGUGUCGGAUGAGGACCCAGGAGACCAGGGUUCAAAUCCUCUCCCUACUCCGCUGGGAAGCUCCCCGGGUGUCGCUGCCUCUCAGCCUGACCUACCUCACAGGGUUGUUGUGGGGAUGGAGAGCAGGAGAACAACGUAGGCCACCUGGACCUCCUUGGAGGAGAAAGGUGGACUACAGAUGCAGUCAGUAUAUAAGUUCUGUCUGUGGGACUCUGGGUCUGUUGAUGUGGAUUUGACCAGGAGAGUUCCCUGGGUCAGGAUUGCAAACCAGGAAGGGGUGGGCACCCGUUGUGGUUCCCUCCUGCAUUUGGACAAAGUAGAAUAUUGCCUUCUUCAUCACCAACCAUCCAAGCUGGGGCACCACAGAACUGAGAUUUCCCCACCUGCAGCUCUUCCCAAAGCUGGCUUUCGCACCCAGAGCCCAAGCAGAGAGUGAGCUGCAGUUGUCGCAGAAGCUGCCUCUUCUCCUGUUACCUGGAGGCUAAUUCUGUCCGGUCUCCUUUUUCACCUCCCGGCAAACACUGGCAGCUUUUGAGGAAGGAGGAGCCUGACUAGGCGAAUGCCAGGCACAACGGAUAGGGGCUCCUCCUGCCCCUGCAGAGGCAGAGGACUUGGCUGAGCUAAGUGUGAAAGGUGCAGAAGGGGGUCCGGGAACCUCAGGGGACCCAGUGAUCCUGGCUGCCCAGACACCAUCUCCCUUCACUGCUUGGUCCCUGCCCAGCUGGUGCCAGGCUUGGAGGGGAAGGAAGAGUUGGGAGUCACCAACCCUGGGGUGCUUGUGUGGAGUCAGAAGGCCACAUGCAGUCUCAUCCUGGCACGCCAGUGGGGAGCCUUCCCUCCCCACCAGUCUGCCACAGGCCAACCCAUCCAAAACCCACACAUUGGCUCCAUCCAGAGAAGUGGGGUAGGGGGCACCUGCCCGGUUCCACCCCACAUGCCAGUUGUGCAGCCAACAAACCAAUGGAAUCCAGACAAGACAGAAGCUCUGUGGGUGAUGGGCUCGCCAAACUGGGCGCUGGUGGGCAUCUUGUUCUAGACAGGGUGGCACUGCCCUCAAAGGAGCAGGCGCGUAGCUUGGGGGGUGCUCCUUGAAUCGCCUUUGGCCUCGGUGAUCUUUGCUCUGCUACUUCAGGGUCAGCUCUUGCAAUGCUCUUUGCAGGAGACUUCCUGGCAGGGAGAAUAUCAACUCUGAGAACAAUUGCACCCAUCGCUGCUUGUCUCCUGGGCCCAUUUUAGGGCGUCAAGGCUGAAGGAACACCUCUUCCCACACCAAGCUGGCUGCCUUUUAAGAUCUGCAGGAGGUGCUCUGCUAGGGACGGUUUCUUUCUUUUUAAAAAAAUAUUUUUUAUUAAUUUUAACAUAUAAAUUAUAAUGCAUACCAUAAAACUUCACCACUUAUACAAUCUUUUUUUGGACUUCCAUCAGCACCUCUGAUGAUCCGCCGUUUUGACCACUUCUUAUGCAUCUCUUAAAUUCAUAUUGCCUUUAAUUAUCUUAACUAACCAUCCUCCCCUUUAUCCAUUUGUGCAAUAGUUCCAAUAAUUCUCCUCACAAAACUUCUUGCAAACCUACAAACGUAGUCUGAUCAUCACAAUUACUUUUCAAAUAGUCUGUAAAUUUACACCAGUCUUCUGUGAAUUUCUGGUCCCGCAGAUUUCAAAUCCUUCCUGUUAGUUUAUCUAGUUCUGCAUAGUCCGUUAAUUUCAUCCUCCAUUCUUCUUCUUUCGUUCCUGGCAAGAAACACCUAGGGACUCUUUCUUGCCUUUCAAAGUACUUCUCUGGUCUCCCCAACUUUAAGCAUUGGAGAGCAGAGAAGCCAUAACCCCCCCUUAGGAGAAGACCACAGAAACCACGUCCCCACAGCUGUUCCCAUAGAGUUGGAAGGGACCCAUCGGGUCACCUGCCCCCGUUCCAGCCCAGACCUGGCUCUGAUCAGACUGCAGAGAUGGGUUUAGAUCAGGAGGAGCUCAGGGCUGCCUUCAACACUUCUCCUCCCCCCUCCCCAAAACAGGAAUGGUGAUGGCUUCCUGGACGCAGAGGAGCUGGUCGAGAUCUUCCAGUUAUCCGGAGAGCCUGUCACUGCAGAAGAGAUCGAGGAGCUCAUGAAGGAUGGCGACAAAAACAACGAUGGCCGGAUCGACUUUGAUGGUGAGUGGGUCAGCCAGCCUUUCUUUGGAGCUGGAGAGGGUGGGGUGUCCGGCCAGCUCUGCGAUCCUUCCGCCAGCCCCACAGGCUCCCUGUCCUACUGGGCAGGGCCCUCAAGGCACACACAGCCCCCCCUCAAGCAGAAUACGAAUCUUAUAUACAAACAAGUAAAUCCCUGCUGGUGAGGCUCGCUGACCUCCCGGAAAAGCAAAAAUUGGACCUUUUUCUGUUAGGCAAAGAUCAUAAGACGACCCGGAUGAUCGCCAGAUUCUGUGUACAGAUCUGUAGGCGCAGAUCCCCCCCCCCAACCCAAACUAGUUUGUUAAGAAAAUCCCCAAACUCGGUUCCAUGGGUGACUCUGGGUCAUCUCUCUGUGGUAGCUUAUCUUAAAAGUUUUCAGUGUCUAUAUGCUUAUCACAUUUAUAAAUUUUAAAUUUAUUGUUGUACAUUGUUUUAAAUGUUUGCUUUCCUUCUGGGAUUCUACUCCCAAGUGUGUUUUAUAAGCUGGUCUCAGGCCGUAAUAAAUCAUCUAUCUAUCUAAACAAGUAAAUCAAUUCCCAGCUUCGAUGGAUAUACAGUGGUACCUCGGGUUACAGACGCUUCAGGUUACAGACUCCGCUAGCCCAGAAAUAUUACCUCGGGUUAAGAACUUUGCUUCAGGAGAACAGAAAUCGCGUGGCGGCAGCGGGAGGCCCCAUUAGCUAAGUGGUGCCUCAGGUUAAGAACAGUUUCAGGUUAAGUAUGGACCUCCAGAAUGAAUUAAGUACUUAACCCGAGGUACCACUGUAAUAAUAAUACCACUGUAUGCUUCCCUCUUCCUUCCUGGGCUCUUGGCAACCUGGCCAGAGCCCUUCAUCUGGGGGGGGGGGGGGUUAGAGUCACAGCCAGCCCCGAUCUUGGUGAGGUUGCUGCCCCCUUGAGAUCCUGCUGCUCAGGACUGUGGUGUGUGGAGUCCGCGCUCCUUGGCCCCCUCCUGCCUCCGGACUGACCCGUCUUCCGUCUCCCCCCGCAGAGUUCCUGAAGAUGAUGGAGGGUGUGCAGUAAAGCGACUCAAUACAUUCCUGCAAAGCGGAGGGCCGCUGCCAGCCGCCAAGCCGGCCCCCUCUUGCCUCUGCUCCAGCCGCCAAGCCUCGCCUCGCCUUUUGAGCUGCCCCCACCCCUCCAGUCCUGUUCCGGCCUGCUGCUCCAACACAGCUCAGAGACUCGUUUCGGCUCCGCUUUGGGGGUGCCCACCGACCCCCCAAGCCUGUGACGCUCUGUUUAUAGCACUCAACACAUCAAUAAAGAGCAAUGGACUGGA